GAAUUCCGUGUGCUAGGCCCAGGAGCACCUGUCAUUGCCUCAGUCGGGGAUGAAGCAGUGCUGUCCUGUCACCUCAGCCCAGAGACAGAUGCUGAGGACAUGGAGGUGACCUGGUUCUUAAUGGAUCCUCCAGCUCUGGUGCAUCGUUAUGCUGCUUCCCAGGAUCAUCUGGAGGACCAAAGCCCAGAGUACCGAGGGAGGACAGAGUUCCUGAAGCAGAACAUCAACACAGGGCAGGUGGCCCUGAGGAUCUUUCCCACCCUCCUUUCAGAUGGUGGAGAGUACAGAUGUCUCUUUGAAAGCACCAAAUUCUCAGAUGAAGCUCAGUUCAAGGUACUGGUCACAGAUGCUGUGUUCCCCAGGCUCUGGCCCUGGAUAGUGGGACUCAUAGUGCCCUUGUGUCUCCUAGCUGUUGGCAUAACCUUCUGUGUCCUCUUUCUACAAGCUAGAAGAAAACAAGAUUCUCUCCAGAAACAAUUUGCUGCACUCACUGCAGAACUUGCCCAAAGAAAAGCCCUGGGAGAAAAGGGGCUGGAAAAAUUGCGAAAAUUUACAGAAGACAUAACACUGGAUGAGGACACUGCUCACCCUCUCCUGCUUGUAUCAAGGGACAGAAAAUAUGUGAUAGAUGUUGAGGAAAAACAAGAUGUUCCUGACAAUCCUGAGCGGUUUGACACUCUCAGGGCUGUUCUGGGGGAGAACAGCUUCUCUGAUGGUGACCAUUACUGGGAGGUGGAUGUGGAAUGUCAAGACAGGUGGGAAAUAGGACUGUGUGUGGACUCAGUUACCCAGAAAGGAGACAUCUAUGUUUGUCCUAAAAAUGGCUUCUGGGCACUUUCCCUGGAGAACAAUGAGUACAAAGCCCUUUCUACUCCCCCUUCCAUUCUUAAUGUCCCAGAACCCCCCAUAGUAUUGGGUAUUUUUCUGCAGUAUGAGAAAGGACUGAUCUCUUUCUACAAUGUUACAGAUUGUAGCUUUCUUUAUACUUUCAAAAGCACCUUCUCCAAACCCCUGAAGCCGUAUUUCUACCUUGGACCUUCUACUUCUGGAAAUAUGUCAGGCCUCUACCUCCUCAGCUGA